AUGAGCGACGUCAACAAGACCACCGCCACCCCGACCGAGCGGGUCCCAGAGACCACGCCUGCGCCGGCAACAGCGCCCGCCUACAACGGCGAUGCCACUGCUCACGAAGGUGAACGACACCACAAGGGCCACGACCUGCCCGCCCAUGGUCACAACCCUUCGACGCAGCCGGACGUAGACCAGAAUCCCGACCUGACGCUGCAUUACUCCCACGAACACCAGCAUGACCACAUGCACCAUGGCCGCACUUCGCUUGCCGGUCGGCACGAUGAUAUCCUGUAUGCGAGAGGCACCACCGAGGACCAGCACAUCGGUCAUCAAGACCACAGCCACACUACCCACCAGCACCCGAAGGGCGCUCAUGUCGGGGUUGACUCAAAAGACCACUCUUAUAGCGAGACCGACGCAGAAAAAGGCGAAGUUGGCACCGAUCCCACCAAGGUCGCGACGAACGAGACAGACGAUGGCCGGAACCACCGUUUCUCGCGCUUCUACCGCAAAUACAAGAUUUUCUUCCAUCUUUUCAUCUGGCUGGUUUUCACUGGCUGGUGGAUUGCUGGCUUGAUCCUGCAUCGCAACGACAACCUGGGCUGGCUCAAGCCCUUUCUCCUCUACCUUGCUAUCACUCUUCGCAUCCUCACCUUCUGGGUGCCCGUCACCUACGUAACUCGGCCCAUGCACUGGACCUGGAACCAGACCGGCGUCCGCGUCUACAACAUCAUUCCCGAGAAGCUCCGCAUCCCGUCGGCCGCGUUGGUCACUGUUGCAGUCUUCUUGGUCGGUUCUAUGGUGUCUGAAGAAUCUGCCAACAAUACCAGGGGCAACCGUGCCAUUUCCCUGGUUGGUCUGGGUCUCAUGAUCGCAAUUCUCUGGGCCACCUCCAAAAACCGCAGCAAAAUCAGGUGGCAUACUGUCAUUGGCGGCAUGCUGACCCAGUUCAUCAUCUCCGUCUUCGUGCUGAGGACUGACGCCGGCUACGACAUUUUCAACUUCAUCUCCUACCUCGCCCGUGAAUUGCUUGGAUUCGCCCAAGAGGGAACCGCAUUUUUGACCACACCAGAAGUGGCCCAGCUGUCAUGGUUCUUGAUCGGUGUCGUGCCGCCUAUCAUCUUCUUCGUAUCCCUCGUGCAGCUGCUUUACUACUCCGGCCUCCUUCAAUGGUUCGUGGGUAAAUUCGCAGUCUUCUUCUUCUGGUCGCUACGCGUCUCUGGCGCCGAAGCCGUUGUGGCUGCUGCCACGCCCUUCAUCGGCCAGGGCGAAUCUGCCAUGUUGAUCCGCCCCUUCGUGCCGCAUCUUACCAUGGCCGAAAUCCACCAGGUCAUGACUUCAGGCUUCGCCACCAUCGCGGGAUCCGUCCUGGUCGCCUACAUCGGUCUCGGCCUCAACCCGCAAGCCCUCGUCUCUUCCUGCAUCAUGUCCAUCCCCGCCUCGCUGGCCGUGUCCAAGAUGCGCUAUCCGGAGACCGAGGAAACCAUCACCUCGGGCCGCGUCGUGGUUCCAGAUGACGACGAGCACCGCGCUACCAACGCGCUGCACGCCUUUGCCAACGGCGCCUGGCUCGGCAUCAAGAUCGCCGGCAUGAUCGUCGCCACACUCUUGUGCAUUAUCGCCUUCAUCGGCCUCAUCAACGGCCUGCUCGGCUGGUGGGGCCGCUACCUCAACAUCACCCAGGACGGGCAGCCCUACCUGACCCUGCAGCUCCUGCUCGGCUACAUCAUGUACCCCGUGGCCUUCUUCCUGGGCGUGCCCCGUAACGAGCUGCUAGAGGUCGCCGAGCUGAUCGGCGUCAAGAUCAUCGCCAACGAAUUCGUCGCAUACAACUCCCUCGUCAACGAGCCCCGCUACUCCGGCCUCAGCCCCCGCUCCCAGCUCAUCGCCACCUAUGCUCUCUGCGGCUUCGGCAAUUUCGGCUCCCUAGGCACCCAGAUCGGCGUGCUCUCGCAGAUCGCGCCUUCGCGCGCCGGCGACGUCGCCACCGUGGCGCUGUCCGCCCUGUUCUCGGGCGUCAUUUCCACCCUCACCUCCGCCAGUGUCGCGGGCAUGUUGAUCACGAAUGAGCGCCUCGAGCAGACUGCUAGUGAGACCUAA